CACAGGUCACCGCCACAAUGCGCCACCCUCAAACUUUAAUCUUUGCUCUUCUUCCUUUCCUCUCUUCCUCAUCUUCUUCCUCUCUUCUUCCUCAUCUACCUCUUCCUCAUAUAUCUCUUCUUCCUCCUCCUCCUCCUCCUCCUGAAGAUCUCUCUCUAUCUCAUCAUGAUAUCCGCAGCCAGAAAAAACCUCAUCUUCCUCACCACCGCGGCCGUACGUCUUCUCUCCCUCCACUUCCUCUGAUGUCAUGCUGACUCCCCCAGACCGCCUGCCUCAUCCUCACCCUCCUCGGUGUCAUGCAGCUCACAAAGGUGGCCCACUUCCACCUCCCGCUCUCUGCCUUCUACCCCGUCAUGGCCAUGAUCCUCCCGACCACCACCCUCUUCCUCCUCGUUCUCCCCGUCGCAAGCAAACGCGUCUUCGCCGAGCAGCGCAUGAUCUACCCAGCCACCCUCAUCCUCCUCAUCGUCCUCAGCACCCUCUUCAUCGCCCUCCUCACCCCCUACCUCACCUCCCUCAGCACCUGCGUCCACGAAACCGCCUGGAAAGCCCUUUUUGAAGCACACGACCCUCGCAUCGAGAAAAUCGAAACUUCGCUAAAGUGCUGCGGCUUCGCCUCCCUCUACGACCGCGCCUUCCCCUUCCCCUCCACCGACGACCUCGCAAACGCCUGCGUGCUCAAGUACCACUACACCGAGACCUGCGGCCGGCAGUGGGAGCACGAGUCCUCUGUUGCGGCAGAGUGGUGCGUCACCGUCUUCGCCUUUGUCCUCGUCGGCGCGAUCGCAUGCUUGGCGCACACCGUGCUCGUCUACAAAAAGCGCGCACUCGAGAACGCGGCGUCGGCGUCCAAGACGCACGCGCCGUCGAGUUCGCACCACCCGGUCGGAGUUGGUAGCUACUCUAGCUUUGGCGAGUUUGGCGCGGGAAACGCUUCGGCGUCGUUGUCGGAGCAGACUGGGUUGUUGGAAGAGCAGACGGGUGCUGGCAGGAGUAAGGCGAAUGAUCCUUUGACCAACUGAUUUAUCAGUUAAUGCCAGUCUGAUGCACCUCUCUUGAUGACUCUGGCUGGAUUUUGAUAACUCAUACGAUAUCACAUUUAUGUUUGGAGUAAAGGUUUCUAUCAUGUUUCUAUUUUGUCAAGCCCACGUGAGCGGGCUCUGGGUCUACUUUAUAACGGUAUAUAACGAAUUCAUACAUUUGUAAACUCAU